AUGGACCAAGUGGGCUCAUUUUUUUAUUUGGGCACUUAUAUCUCACCCGGUGGACGCAUCACGGAUGAAGUGUCAGCUCGCAUAAAGAAAGCCCGACUGGCAUUUGCAAACUUGAAACAUUUGUGGCGCCGUCGCGACAUUCGGUUGUCUGUGAAGGGUCGAGUAUAUGCUGCAGCAGUUCGGCCAGUUCUGCUUUAUGGUGCAGAAACUUGGCAACUACGGGAACAGGAUAAAGAGACAGUCGGUUUGAACACCACUGUCUAA